UGAAAGCAACGUCCAGGGAAAGAGAAGGAUGAGGGCCAAAUGUCGAAUAACCAUUCAGGUAUUCAGCAAAUGCACACCAGAAUUCAAAGCUUGCAUCCAAUCCAAUGACGACUAAUCAAUUCUUCUGCAACUUGAAAAUAACGUGUUUAGCUGCAUUAUAUUGCCGACCGGCCGGGGAGAUAUAUACAAGACUUCACUGCUAAUCUUCCAAAGUCAGUCGUCGAUCAAGGACAAACAUGUACGACAGCGUCUUGGACAGAAAUUUCUUGGAAAACUCGGAACCCUCAGCUGGAACAAUACCAUUCGUUCUUGUUUCUAUCUGAUGAACAAACAGACAAGCCAUUAAUUACAAAAGAUUUGUAAAAAUGAUGAUUUUAGCUUAAAAAUUCAAAUUGAAUAGAAACAUUGAUGAGAUUACAGUCUCUCCUAUGCAACUUGUAAAAUCAUUUGCAGUUGAUGAUCUAAAUGAACCUGCCGUUUCGCAAACCAAGUAUGCAGCAGGAGUUAGUGGCUACUGAAUACUGAGAGGGCAAAACAAUACUGCCAAGUUGGAAGUGGUAUAAUUUCCUGAUUGGAUUGCAUUUUGGGACCCACAGCCUGAUACUGCUGCUGGAUACCAUCAAGCUGUUGAAACCUCAGACCAUGGUAAACAAGCUUUAAAACCCCCGGCUGUCUCUCCCCACCUUUGGCCCUUCUUUCAACUGAUACUUUCUAGUUUUAAGAAUACCAUGAAGUUGAUGGUAUUGAUACAGAUACCACCAUGAAGUGAAGUUGAUGAAAAGUGGUGCACCACAAUAAGAUAUAUUGACAAGAUCAGAACCACAAUUUGAUUUUAGUUCCUGAUGUAGAAGAGGGCAAGAAAAGAUGGAUGAGGAAGAGAUUCAUAUUGCGGUUGGGAAGAACUUCAGAAAGGAGAAGGCUAACAUCUUAUGGGCUGCUGCAAGGUUCCCAAGGGCCACUAUAGUUCUUGUUCAUGUUCACUGGCCUUCCAAGUGGAUGCCCUUCAUGGGUGGCAAAGUUCUAUAUAAGUUUGCAGAUGAAAAGGAGAAGGAGAUGCAUCGAGCCAAAGAAACGGAUGCGAUGGUCAAGAUGUUGUCACAAUACAAAAACCUUUGUGGAUCAAGAAAGGUUAGGGCACAUUACCUUUCACACGAUGAUGUUCUUGCUGGUGUUGUGAAUCUGAUAAAGAAGCUCAAAAUUAAGAGAAUUAUCAUUGGUUCAAGGAGCAUGUCAAAGGAAGCGAUGCUGCGCAAAUGCUGUCAGGUUUGGGUGGUUAUCAAUGGAAAACACAUGUGUACUAGCAAUGAUCAUCUGGAACAUACCGGGAGCAUUGGAUAUGGAGGGAGCGCUGAAUCUUUGGCAUCUGUACAUGAGCUGAGCGAUGAUUCAAAUGGCUACACAACACCACCAAGUGAUUUUGCAGAUGAAAUCAUGUAUGAUGAUGGGGUUAUUCAAAUGGAUGGUGCUGAUGAAUUGGCAACGUGUGAUGUGCAGGAAACCGAAACAAAGGAUGAGGAAAGCAUAGAAACAGGGGAACUAAAUUCUUAUGAGGAGGAGGGGGAGCACUCUUCCGGAGAGACUGCUCAUAGAACUGAUGAGAUACAGAGUUUUAGAAGUACAACUGAAAGAGCUGAAGAACUGAUGGAAGAAAUAGACAAACUCCAAAGGAAACUGAAAGAGCUGCAAGAAGAGGAUGAUAGGAGCAUCUUGUCACCUAGGCAAAAGGCUGCUGCUGCUUCACUGAAGAAGGAGAAGAGGCUAUCAACAGGAAGAUACCCAGAGCUGCAACUUCCACAACAUAUCUCACGGUUCUCCAUGUCGAUGAUCAGUAAAGCAACGGGCAACUUCUGCUCAGGAAACCUGAUAGGUGAAGGAGGCUAUGGGCCAGUGUACAAGGGAAAACUGGGUGGCGUGGCAGUGGCCAUCAAGCUGCUGAGACCCCAUGGCAGGCAAGGAUUUCCAGAGUACAAGCAGGAGGUUGUGGUGCUGAGUAGAAUGGAGCAUCCACACAUAGUGAGGCUCAUGGGCGUGUGCCCGGAGUCAUGCGGGCUGGUGUACGAGCACCUGCCCAAUGGCACCCUCUUGGACAUCCUCUCCAACUCCAAGAGUCUGUCAUGGAAGGAUCGCGUGAGGAUCCUCGGCGAGCAGCGUUCCGCGCUGGCCUACCUCCAUUCCUGCCGCCCCCACGCCAUCAUCCACGCCGACCUCAAGCUCACCAACAUCCUCCUCGACGCCGCCAACUCCAGCCGCCUCGGCGACUUCGGCACGGCGCGCGCGGUGCACGUCAAGCCGCUGCAGGACCAGGCGGACACCAUCUGCCGCCGCACCAACCCCAUGGGCACCACCGGCUACAUGGACCCCGUCUUCUUCGUCACCGGCGAGCUCACCGCCGAGUCCGACGUCUACGCCUUCGGCGUCGUCGUCCUCCAGGUGCUCACCGGACUGCUCGACCUCAACAUCGCCGACCAGGUGCGCGAGGCCCUCAAGAUGGACGCCGUCCACUCCGUGCUGGACGCCUCCGCCGGGAGCUGGCCGGAGGUGCAGGCCGAGAAGCUGCUCCGCCUGGCGCUGCGCUGCUGCAGCCUGGAGAGGAAGCGGCGACCGGCAAUCACGUGCGACGCUGAGUGGAGGUCGCUUGACAUUAUGCUCCGCAUGGCAAAUUCACCAUCUAAAUCUCGGAAAUGGACUUCUAUUUCUAUUCAUGCAACCUAGCCGUCGAUAGUAAUUACUACUCCUACAGUAUAGGCGUAUUUUUUUCUUUUUCUUUUUCUUUUUUCUUUUAAGAAAAACUAGGAGUAGCUAGCUACUUUUCAGUAUGCAUGUUGCCUGUGCAUGUACAUAAGGAUAGGGGGUCUACGGUAGUCAACAGUCAAAGUGUCAAAUAACCUGUUUUGUACUACUGUCAAUGUAAUUAUUUUAGCAUUAUAAUGGUUGCUCCAAUUUUUCAUCUUCAA